GUGAAGUCACAUCCUCCUCUAUAUAAACAAAAAAACAUACACUAGUUUAUUCCAGCUAGCUAGACACACUACAGUUCCUCUUCUACCGAAUACAUCUAACAUCUGUCAGACCAUUUACUGUAGUAAUUCCCAUGUAAACGGGAAAAAACAUGGCUCGGAAAUUAUCUAUCUCUGCUGUAUUUAGUGAUGUUGUAAGCUAAGCUGUUUUCCUUUCGUUUUACGGUGAACAAUCACCGAUUAUUUUAUUUUUGACCGUGUCCUCAGUUUGAAGUGUCUUGUGAUUCGCUGCUUGUAUUUAUUCAUCAAGUAGUCUUUAAUUGUAUUAGGAGUUUUCAGUGGCACAUCAAUGUGGAUUGCUAACUGAACAAUUAGCCACCCACUUACAGUAUUUAUCUGUCAGUAAAGUCACUCUGAAGUCCCGUCAACUGAUACGGUAAAAGCACAGUGUCUUUUUCUACAAACCCAAAUAAUCAUGACUGCCAUGCGAGUGGAUGCUAAAGUGGUCAUGCUUGGCAAGGAGAGUGUUGGUAAAACCAGCCUGGUGGAAAGAUACGUACAUCGCCGCUUUCUUGUGGGACCUUAUCAAAAUACUAUAGGGGCUGCGUUUGUUGCAAAAGCCCUCAAUGUCGGUGACAAAGUGGUUACGCUGGGAAUAUGGGACACUGCUGGGUCUGAACGUUACGAGGCCAUGAGCAGAAUCUAUUACAGAGGAGCCCGUGCUGCCAUUGUCUGCUAUGAUUUGACUGACAGCAGCAGUUUUAAAAGGGCCAGGUUCUGGGUGAAGGAGCUACAGAACUGUGAAGAGCACUGCAAGAUAUAUUUGUGUGGUACCAAGAGUGACCUAAUUGAAGCCGAUCGAAGUGUGCGGCAAGUAGACUUCCAUGAUGUUCAAGACUUCGCAGAUGAAAUAGGUGCUCAACAUUUUGAGACCUCCAGCAAAACAGGAAAAAAUGUUGAUGAGGUGUUUCAGAAGAUGGCUGAAGAUUUCAGUAGCUGUGCUUUAGAGUUCAUGCAAGAAGAGAAAGGAGUGGAUCUCGGGCAAAAGAAGGACUCUUAUUUUGACAACUGCUGCCAUAACUGACCUAUCACAGGAAAACUGCUGUAUCAUAUGAUCUAUUUUGGGAUGACUGGAAGCUCUCUGUCUUUUAUACUCCUCAAAGCAUCAGCUGGAGUGUUUUGCUUUUUCCUUUUUCUUUUUUGCUGUGCAGUAUGUUGAGAUUGGGCUUUUGAAAACGAAGAAGAUGAAGGAUUCUUCCUUUUCUUGUGUUCUAGCAAUGAAAAAAAUUUUCUUUGUCAGGAACACUUUUUGGACCUGAGAAUAUUGACAAAAGCAAAUGUCAACAGUGAAUGGCAAUCCAUUUUACCAAAAAGAAAAGACACCAAGUAAGCUUUAGGGACAGAUGCCAUUGCAUGGAGAUGAUCGUUGCCAAUUUUCACAAACAAUGCCUUGUGAUUCAUCACCUUUUAUAAUUUAAAGUGUCUCCAUUUUAUAGAUCUUUUGAGGAUUGAAAUGUUUACACCCUUCAUUUAUUACGCUCUGCUGAUACAUGCACGUCCACACUAAACUGAAGCCAUUUAAGUUGCAGUUUUCACAGAUCUGAAACCAGAUCUGAAAACACUUUCUCAUGACAAAGGUUUUGAUGUUGAUGGGUUGGAAGAUCACAAAGAGUAAAAGGUAGUUUCCCAUUCAUGCUCAGCUGAAAAGCUGCUGUCAAUAUUUUAAAGGCUAAUAACUAUAACUAUGGUCACUUGAACAUUAUAAUAUCAUGGUGAAUUUGUCUGGAAAUAUCACAAGAACUGUUAGUUUGCAGUGUUUGAUAAUCAAGCCCAAAGUUUCCUGUAUUAUGUUGUCCAUUAUUUGCAGUUGACUGUUUGACAUAAUAGAUCUAUCCUGUAUUCCAAAAGUGAGUUUAUGUGCAGCCUUUGAUGAAUGUGAUGUUAAUGUUUACAACGUUAUUUCUAUUAUUAUUAUUUAAUUUUACUUCAAUGCAGUUUGGGUAAGAUAUUGUAAACUGGGACACUAACUGUUGUGAACGUGUUUGUGCGAACUUUACAGCCUUAGUUCGCUCUCAGUUCAUAUUGUGAAUGUAUUAAAUACUGCUCAAAGAGGCCUGUAGCUAAAAAAAUAUGGUUCUUGUGAAAAAAAAAAAAUUGCGUAUUUUACAUGUCAUUCUAGAGAGAUCCUGAUAUUGUGCCAUUUUUACUGGGCAUCCUAAAGGAAAAAAGGGCCCAAUAAUAAUUUACUUUGUUACAGAUUAAGUUACAAUGAUCACUUUAAAAAAAAAAGAAAGAAAAAAAAAGGCUAAAGCAUGUGAUCUUAAACACCUCUUGCAUAUACAGACCAUUUUUUACCAAGUUUGUUUAAGUGUAUAAGCGCAGCCCAAAUCAUUAUCAGAUAUUGGAACAAUAAAAUAUCAAGUGUGCGUGCAGCAUGCUUGUAUCAAUACUGUAAAUUAAUCUUAGAACUUUGAGGGGUAAUCACCUAAAUUCAACAUGGAAUUUUUUUUGCCCAACAUAUCAUAUUCAUCCUUUGCUGCCUAUUCCUGCUUGCCCUCACAUGUGUAAGUUAUUUUUGUUUAAGAUCAACUCUCUCACCAAAAUAAUAUUAGCAAUUCUGUGUACUGCAUCAGAGAACAAAAUUCAUUGAAUAUUCUGUAUCAUUCUUGUACAUUACCAAAUACUUUAUAUAUGUGAUUCCAUAGAAAUUAAACUGAAAAUUGAAAUCAAA